AACCAUUAAAAUUGUCUCACACAAUAUUUUAUGAAAGAAAAAAUGUGAAACUAAUUAAAAUCCGUUUGACUUAAUCCACACUAUAACAUAUACACAAACCCAAGAGCCAUUUUCUAAAGUCUGCCUCCAAAAUUAAAUAUUAUUGUUAUUUCACCAGUAAUUUUCACAUAAAACCCCGUCAACUCUUCUUGGCCCUGCCUAUUCGUCCGCACAUAUCAAGUCUCUCCAAAAUCUCAAAACCAAUAUUGCAACCUUAAUCCCCAUCUCCUUAAAUCUUCAGAAAUCUCACAAAAGCAUCCAUCUUUUUUUUUUUCAUCAAAUCCCUCAAAUGGAACUACCAAAACGUGGCCACAGAUUCUUCAAGUUCAGAAUUUCAGCUUCUUUCUUGAAUGCCCCACUUUUUUAAUCAUUCCACCUUCUGAAACUUGACAAAAGAAAAAAAAAAAUAAAAAAUCAUCAUCCUUCUCAUUUUCUUGCUUCUAUAUUAUUAUUAGCACCUACCUUUUUUCUCAUAUUUCAGGACACAAAUGAUUUCUCAAGAGCACGAUUUUACGCGUGAAGUGAUGGGAAUGUCUUGGAUCAUGCUGAGGAUCGAUUACUCGAGGCUCUUCUGGUUACUCUUUGGCGUCUUUUCGUACGAGAAUCACGAAGGAAAGCCUCGGAUUAGCUAACAUAAGUUUUCGUUCUGUCGUCUUCCGUUUUUUCGCUUCACAGCCAUACAGAUUCCAGUUCCAGAAUUCUCUAGAAUAACUACUUUUAGUAAUACGUAGUAGGCAAACACUAGUGUUACACUCCACAAGAAGAUCACUCCAUCAUGUAUAGAACUCGCGUAAACGAGUUAUACGUUGAAAUGGAUCCAUCCGAACGUUACGGACGGUUGAAAGAUGUUUUGGGCAAAGGCGCAAUGAAAAUGGUGUACCGAGCAUUCGAUGAGCAUUCCGGGAUGGAAGUGGCUUGGAAUCAGGUCAAACUUAACGAAAUGUUCAAUUCGCCCGAGUCUCUAAACCGUCUCCACUCAGAGGUCCUCCUCCUCAAGACUCUCGACCACAAAUCCAUCAUGAAAUUCCGGGCCUCAUGGGUCGACCCGGCCCGCAAAACCUUCAACUUCAUAACCGAGCUCUUCACGUCCGGCACCUUACGAGAGUAUCGAAAGAGGUACAAGCGGGUGAGCAUAUGGGCCGUGAAAGAUUGGGCUCGCCAGAUUUUAAACGGGCUCGAGUAUUUGCAUAGUCGCAACCCGCCCGUUAUCCAUCGGGACCUAAAGUGCGACAAUAUUUUCAUCAACGGCCAUCUUGGCCAAGUCAAGAUCGGUGAUCUUGGGCUGGCUGCCGUACUUCACGGGUCCCACCGAGCCCAUAGCACGCCCGAGUUUAUGGCGCCAGAGCUAUACGAAGAGGAAUAUGACGAGCUCGUCGAUAUUUACUCCUUCGGCAUGUGCGUGCUUGAGAUGAUCACCUCAGAGUAUCCGUACAGCGAGUGCUCGAAUCCAGCUCAGAUUUACAAGAAAGUGACAUCGGGAAAGCUGCCAAAGGCAUUUUACUGUAUUGAGGAUCCCGAGGCAAGGAGAUUUGUCGGGAGGUGCUUGGAAAGGGCUCCCAAUCGGCCAUCCGCUCGUCAACUCUUGAUGGAUCCAUUUUUAUCGGCCGACGAGGUUGAUGAAAAUUUACCCGCCGUAAACAAAAUCCCUCUGGAUGUGAAGUUACUGCUGAGGAGGAGGAGCACGGAAAUGAAAAUUUCAGGGACUUUAAAUCCGGAGCAAGACACUGUCUUUCUCAAAGUACAGAUUUCGGAUCACAAAGGAGAUACCCCGUUUGAUGUGGCCACGGAAAUGGUGAAGGAACUAGAGAUCACAGAUUGGGAGCCGAUCGAAAUUGCUAAUAUGAUUGAGAAAGAAGUCUCGGCUUUGGUCCCGUCUGUCUCCUCGAAUAUACACGAGCAGCAGAGUUUCUACUACAAUGAAGAUGAUGAUAGUGACGAAAAUAGCCCUCGCCACCCUUUCUACCAUGCAUCUUCUUUCUCUUCCUCCCAUGAUUCCCGUCCGGGCAUGUUUACCUCCGACGAUGACCGGUUUUAUCAAGUGAAUUCGCAACACGAUUGGCUUCAAGAGGCAGAUUUUCACGAUGAUGCAAGUUCCCAAAGCUCGUCCUGUUCCGAAAUGUACAGAAAUAUGAGUUACUACUCGGCGAACGAGGAUGAUCCAGUGCCAAUCUCUCUCAACAAAGAUGUAGUUUGCCCUUCAAAGAGUUCAAAAUGCACCAGGUUCAAACCUGGGGCGAACACUGCCCAAAAUUGCAGUGAAUUUAACUUAUUGAAUUAUAGCUCAAAAUGCCAGCAGAAAAUAUCGAGAGCCACGUCAUUCAUGGACAUUCGAAGCCAACUGUUGCACAAGACUCUUCUAGAAGAGAUCAACAAGAGGCGGCUGUUCAAGACUGUAGGGGCAGUCGAGCAUGUCGGAUUUCAAGACCCGGAAAGCUAUUCAGGAAGUAAAACUAAAACUGCAGGCGGCAUUUUCCUGGGAGAGUCUGUCAAGGGCAAAUCGGUCAAUAGGCUCUGAGAGGUGGCCAUUUUAUUCAGUCUUGUUUUGGUGUGUGGUGUGAAAUGUUUGAAUCUUUUCUUCCUGUAGUGUGCAAGACUUCAGCGCAAAUGUGCACGAAUGCUGAGAGAAAAACAACACUCUUGUGUACCAUAAUGUAAUAAAAGUUUGAACUUUGUGAUACUGCUGCAUACUUGAACCUUAAGAGACCAUGUUAAGGGAAGCAUGACUAGGAUCUCACUACACAGAAAUCGUUAAUCGGUCAGCUAGAACUAAUCCCGGAAAACAAAAGUACACAAUUUGCAACACUUUCAAUGUUUUUCGACAUUUAAGAAGUUUCGAGAGCAAGUUAGAGUCGUAUUUUGGGGGGCAAAUACAUCACAAAUUCAUUCAAAACUAGGAAAUUCAUACUUACACUGAUAAAAAAAACUAGGAAAUUCAUACUUACACUGAUCAUA